AAAUACUGUACUAGUACUAUUAUAUGUGUAAGAACUACAGAACACAGUUGUGUAGAACGAAGUAAACACACACAUCACAAUGGUGGGGUACAUUUACACGUUGCACCCUGCAUAGCAAACUAUAAUUGUCUCGGCCGGGGCACAUUUUCUGCUAUUUUUAACAUCAUACUUUAAAUAGUAAGAGGACAAGUUCAGUACUGUUGGACAGCUCUCAGGUCACAUGCCAUUUUGACGAAAUCAUGACGCAGUCAAAAAAAAAAAAAAAAAAAAAACCAAAAAAAAACCAACAACAAAAAACGUAAAAUUAGCAGCACCGGUUGCUUAUGACUUUCAGAAAGCUGCAACAUGCUGGUGUAGGAACCCCCUUUCUUGAUUACUUAGUGCUGGAGCGACAGUGGCCGUUUCUAUGGAGAUUCCUAGGCGUGUCUCCACCCAGUCUCCAUGCUGUGCCUGCUGUAACUGCCUGUCUCUUUAAACAGUCAGUCUUCAGUGCUGAAUCACGGCUAUUCGCUCACUUCAGCCCCAUUGGGUCUUCAUCGAUUAUUUAUUUCAUUAGAGUUCUUUCUUCUGAUGGAAGCGUGAAUCCAGUGCUGUAUUUGUUUGCGUUGUGAAACUGUAUAUGGUUUCGCUUUAUUAUCUACAAUGUCGGUUGUAUCUGUACAAACUAGCCAGUCAUCGGUUCCCAUUAAGAACAUUGAGAGGGAGCUGAUCUGUCCAGGCUGUAAGGAGCUCUUCACGCAUCCUUUGAUUCUGCCCUGUCAGCACAGUGUCUGUCACAAGUGUGUCAAAGAGGCGCUCCUUCUGACCCAUGAGGACUCCUUUACAGAUGCGGGCUCAGAGUGCUCCAAUUCGGGCAGCCCUCGCUCGCGCCUUUCAUCUCCCAGCAUUGACAGACUUGACCGUCUUAGCAGAUCAGCUUCACUGAGAAGGUCAUUUGGAAGGAGAGGUAGAAUUGGGUUCCAUUUAUAUAGUAGCUAUAGAUCAAGUACCCCUACUGGAAAAAAGCGCAACUCCCUGAUUCCCCGGGUUACCAACUUCCCCUGCCCGGGAUGCCAGCAUGAUAUUGAUCUAGGGGAGCGUGGGAUCAGUGGACUGUUCCGAAACUUCACUUUGGAGAACAUUGUGGAGAGGUACAGGCAAGCAGCUAGGGCAGCUGUGGCGAUCAUGUGCAACCUGUGCAAGCCUCCUCCUGUCGAAGCCACCAAAAGCUGUAUGGACUGUAAGGCCAGCUACUGCAACGAGUGUUUCAAGAUGCACCAUCCCUGGGGGACCCCAAAAGCCCAGCAUGAGUAUGUGGGACCAACCACCAACUUUAGACCAAAGGUGUUGAUGUGUCCGGAACAUGAAAUGGAGAAAGUCAACAUGUACUGUGAAGUUUGCAGGAGGCCCGUUUGCCACCUUUGCAAACUUGGUGGUUCUCAUGCCAACCAUAAAGUGACAUCUAUGAGCAGCGCUUACAAACUACUAAAGGAAAAACUAUCCAGGAGUAUCCAUUACCUCAUCAGUAAGGAGGACCAAGUGAAGACUCAGAUCUCUGAGCUGGAUGAAUUGAUUACUCAUACCCAGCAUAAUGGAGAAACAUCUACAAGGGAAGCCAAUCUUCAUUUUGAAACGCUCUUCAACAUUCUGGAGGAGAGGAAGACUGAGAUGCUCAGGACCAUUGAGGUGACCCAGGCCACCCGUCUGGAGAAGCUGAAGAGUCAGAGGGAGGAGUACCAAGGCAUGCUGGAGAACAGCGGGCUGGUGGGCUACGCCCAGGAGGUGCUAAAAGAGACCGAUCAGUCCUGCUUCGUCCAGACUGCAAAGCAGUUGUACACCAGAAUCCAGAAAGCCACAGAGACUCUGAGAUCAUUCCACCCAGCUGCUGAUGCUUCCUUUGGUGAUUUUAUCCUUGAUGUUUCCAAGGAAGAAGAUCUCCUAAAGGAGUUGGGCUUCAGCAUUCCAGAUGUACCAGUUAUUGACCAAUCCCUGAGCCGCGUCUACAAUGAAGGUCUGAUCUGCUGGCUGCUACCUGAAGAUUCCUCUCCUACUGACCAUUACAUCCUGGAGUACAAGAAGCUGGAUGACAAAGCAGAAACCAAAUGGCUGGCCACUGAGAAAAUAUAUGGCAACAGCAAAGUGAUUUGCGAUCUUGACACUAACAGCUUAUACAACUUCAGGGUGAAAAGCUGCAAGAAGUCUGUCUACAGUUCGUACAGUCAAGAGGUGGCUUUCCACACACCCCCGGCACCAGUUUUCAGUUUUCUCUUUGAUGAUAAGUGUGGCUUCAACACGGAGCGCCUCAUCUUGAACAGACGGCAGUCUGUGGAGAGCGUGGCUGGCCUCUCCCUGCUGCUGGGCUCAGAGAGAAUCCAGAUGGGGAGCUACAUGUGUCUGGAUUACAUUAUCGGGGACACCGGCAUCAACAGAGGGAGUCACUUCUGGGUUUUCCGUGUGGAGCCCCACUCUUACUUGGUUAAAGUAGGCGUUGCUUCAGAUACUAAAUUACAGGAGUGGUUCCACAACCCUAGAGACACCAGCAGUCCCAGGUAUGAUCAUGACAGUGGUCAUGACAGCGGCAGUGAAGAUACGUGCUAUGACAGCUCCCAGCCUUUCACUCUGGUCACCAUAGGAAUGGGCAAGUUCAUCAUCCCCAAGGGCUCGGCUGCCACCGCCAGCGACUAUAGCAACCGUGUCCUGCCUGUGCCACAACGUAUUGGUAUCUGUCUUGACUACGAGAAAGGGAGGGUUUACUUUUAUGAUGCAGACGACAUGAAAUGCCUUUGGGAGCGUCAGGUGGAUUGCACUGGCACUAUGUAUCCAGCUUUUGGCCUAAUGGGUAGUGGAGGAGUACAUCUUGAGGACAUCAUCUUAAGCAAGCGUUUAGGAUAUACAGGAGACGCUCAGUAGUGACUUUAGUCACUGCCACUUGCCUUAUUGAGCAACAUUAGUAGUAAAAGCAUACAACUCCAGUUCCCAAGCCAUUUAUUAUUACUUUGUUUUUAAUAGAUGUGCAAAAACAUUAUACUUUAAUCUUUUUGUGGGAGAAAAGCAUGUUUUAGAUCUAUUUGGUGCUACAAAUUCUGCUGCUGUGACGUGUGUUAGCGCUAUAUGAGAACUAUUUGUCUAUUUCUUUUAGAACACUACAGUUUUAAGUGACACAAAAUCUAAAAUGCUGCUCAUUAAGUGUGAGGUCCGAACCACGUGCCUUUGGUUACAUUUUUACAAUGUUAUAAAGGGAACAUUCCUCCUUCCUGUUUCUCAAAAAUGGAGAGCAACAAGAUUGAUGCCUUUUAAAAAAUGGUUGCAAAUGAGCAAAUGGCGGCAAAUCAAACCUUGAGUGAGGAAAGUACUUUGGUAUUUGUCUUCUAGGUAACACCAGUAAUGAAGACAAUGCCAGCACACUGAUUAUAAUGCAUUUACUAACACUAUGUUUAUGUCAAGUCCAUGUUUAUACAACAUUUUAUAACAUGGAUUCUCUAUUGCAAACCGUUAAAAGAUAAAUGGGAAGCUUUACUUGAAUCAACACACACUUAACAACUAGAGUGGUUUCAUUAGCAGCCUGGUCAAGUCUGUGGCAGUUAAAUCUACUUCUUGAGACUUAAGGACUACUGCAGAACACAAUGGAGUGUCCACUAUUGUGUCUUUCACAGCUAUAGCAAGAUCAUUUAUUUAUAUAUUGGUCUAUGGUCUUCCAAAACCUAAAAGAAUGGCACAUCCAUCCGCGGGGUACUGUCCAUUUGUUGUCCAUUUCCAAUCUAAAUACACUAUUAAUCUAUAUGGCACCGGUAUGCAUCAAGCAUAAGAAUAGGAAGCCAUUUCUUUCUUCGGAAAGUAUUCAUGUGUGUUUUGGUGUCAGUGGGUAAAAAAGGUAAUCAUUUUAAGACUGAACAUUAGUACAAUAUAUA